AUGGACGCCAGCCGCCCCGCCGAGACGCCGCCAAGCACCACGGCCGUCAGCUACCUCUCUGCCUCGUACUGGUGCGGCCUCGUCAUCAUGACCAUCGGCGUCGUCCUGCCCCUCGUGUACAUGUUCCUCCAGAACAAGAAGGCCUUUAAGAGCGUCCGCCGCGACUAA